AUGAAAUUUUGUGCCAUCCUUCUCUCGUUUCUCAUUUUCACUGCCACGUCACGCAUAGUUGCCAGCAACGUCGAGGUGAAUCUUCACUUCAACCCGCUCCCAAUUCGCACGAUGCGGUUCAACGUCGAGACGGACGGCCCCACCGACUUUUCAUUUUCCCUCCCACUCAAUGAGUCGACCCAGAUCUCCCAACUGACCUGUGUCCAACAUGACAAAGAGAUCAUUAAGUCUGUUGUUACUGAUUCAGUGGUGACGGUUACUGUAUCCCUUCAAGACUCCAACCGUAACACAUUCAACUGUGAAUACUUCCACAUCACUGGGGUGACCAAUUACCCCUCUGAAAAGACAUUAAACGACGACUACAAGUUACUCUUCACUACACACAUGUGUCCCCUCGCCACCAACAUGAAGUGCACCUCAUUCAUUAACAAGAACAACAUCUACAAAAUUUCAUUGUUCCCAUCCCCAGUCUCAGAAGGCUCUCAGAGGUUUAAGUAUGGACCAAUCGAAAGCACCGGUUUCACGUAUCUCGUCUUCCACUAUAAGACACAAUUGACACCUAUCGUCAUCGGUUCAGUCAAGAAGGUGAUGACAAUCGAGAAGGAGAAUGUGCACGUCCAUAUGGAAAUCGAGGACUUCAAGAACACCGGCGCAAAACUCAAGGGAGAGUUCGAUAGGAACGCUAUACCUAACGAGAUGACGUUCUAUAAUAUCCAGAUCCCAGUUGAGAAAGAUGCGUCUGAUUUGGAGUACCGAGAUACAACAGGUCUUAUUACAACUUCGGAAAUGUAUGGCCAUACGCUCAUUCUGCCAACACGAUAUCCUCUCCUUGGCGGAUGGAAAACUUCUUUUGAAGUUAAUUAUCACUUUCCUCUCAAAAACAUCAUCGCUACGUCAGGAGAGAAAAUGAGACUGUUGACGCCAAUGAAGAUUGAGAUUGAAGGAAUCGUCAAAAAAGGAGUGUUCGAGGUUGUGUUGCCGGAAGGAAGCAACGUAAAUACCAUCUCAUUUAUUAAAAGAACAUUUGAAAAUAAUACUGUGGAACAACAAAGCGCUUUUGCAACAAUUUUCAAGAAGACUGUAGUGAAGAUGGAGAUGGACGGCGUCGACUUCAAAAACUUUGCAGAUAACUUGGAAGUUUAUUACACGGUAAACCCCGCUGCGGAACAAAACAAAAACAUCAUCGUUGCAUGUUUAGCGAGUUCGAUCAUCGUCGUGUUUUUGUUAUACGCUAAAAUCAUCAAUAACUGA